AUGAGCAUUGUUCUCUACAGGGACAGCCAGGUGAGGGUGAUGGAGAACACCGUGACCAAUGCCGAGAAGUACUUUGGCCAGUUCUGCUCGCUGCUGGCUGCCUACACCCGCAGGACGGCUCGGCUGCGGGACAAGGCUGACCAGCUUGUCAAGCAGCUCACCGACUUCGCCAACACCGAGAACCCAGAGCUGCGGGCCACCGUGAGGAGCUUUGCCGAGGACCUGGCCAAGGUGCAGGAUUACCGGCAGGCCGAGGUCGAGAGGCUGGAGACCAAGGUCGUCAGCCCCCUGAAACUGUACGGGGCGCACAUCAAGCAGACACGGGCCGAGAUCAAGAAAUUCAAACAAGUCCAGAAGAACGAGAUCAAACAACUGGAAAAGCUGGAGAAACUGAGGCAGAAGUCCCCUUUGGACAGGCAAAUGAUCGCAGAGACCAGUGUGCAGAGGGCCUCAGCGGAUGCCAGCCGCACCACCCACCAGCUGGAGGAGAUGAUCGACACCUUCCAGAAGCAGAAGCUGAAGGACCUACAGAAAAUUUUUUCAGACUUUGUCACCAUCGAGAUGGUCUUCCAUGCCAAAGCGGUGGAGGUAUAUUCCAGCGCCUUCCAGAUCCUGGAGAGCUAUGACCUGGAGAGAGAUCUGGAGAGGACUCAGACCACCAUACGGAGCCAGAGGAGAGAUGAGGAGGAGGAGGAGGAGAGCACGGAGCACUCUGCCGAGGAGGACCCCGUGGAGGACCUCAGGGGACAGGGGCAGGCACCCCAGCAAUAG